CUCCUCUCUCCCUCCGGUCGGAGUCGGGGACCACCGACUCGACAGCCACCGACGACGGUUCCUCUUUAUCCUUUGCCAAAACCAUGUCUGCAUCGGCGAAGAUGACUGCAAUCCCACUUCCGGUCGUCCCGGCCGCUCGUUCGACAAUCGCUCCUCCGAAGGGACCGCGACUCAACCUCCCUCCUCCCUUCAAGCCUCAGGCGGAAAGCGCGACAAGAGAGGUAUGCGAUUUCGCAGUCUCAGCUCGCAGUAUCAUGCUGACGAUGUUUCAGGAACUACGGGACGCGUGCCAUGUCGAACCGUUUGCCCUACUCCCUCGCAUGUUCAUCCCCAUCCCUUCUGCAAUCUACAGGCCGCCAACCAUGCACUAUGGAUGGUCCGCUCCUCGGGAGACCCUUCUGGCCUACGCAAAGGAACACGGCUUGAUCCUGAUGAUGGGCAGGCGCAGACGACCGCUUGCUGACGAGUCGGAUGGGGAGAGCAGCGACGAUGACGCUAGUGACUCAUCCACUGACGAUGGCACGGAGGACACCGGAAGUGGCGAUGAUGACUCUUCCAGCAAGGGAGGUGACGAGUCAGAUGGGAGUGGCACAGUUGUUGUUGAGAGGACAUGCAGGCCGUUGCCGCCGCUCUUCCCGAACCCGCGCGGGAUGAACAUCGACGAACCCGCGUCGAUGGUAGCCGCCUUGAAACAUGUCUCUACUCAGCUAUCGAAGGACGGUUUGCAGGUAGCGACCAUGGCACUGCACUCCACACUGCAGCACGACGAAGACGAGCUGCGGAUCAUAUCAGUUUACACGAACUACCAUCUUCACCGCAAAGACCUCCCCUCGCCUGAGGAUAUUCGGAAGCUCGGAGAGGCCGUGGGGAUCACUGCACCGCCGAAGUGGUACAUUGAUAGGGACAAGUACGAAUGGUACUUGAUCAGGGACCCGUAUGGUCGGUGAUAAUAGUGAGUUUGUCCCGUCUUCAUCUGCCUUCGUUGGCAUCGA